ACGGUGUCCUGUAUGGUGGUGGCAGUCAUACCUACAGAUCCGUGUUUGAGUGAACCCUGUGGUUUGCAUGGGGAGUGUUUCUCCAGCUGGGAUACGUACAAAUGUGUGUGCAAACCCCACAUCACAGGCAAACACUGUGAAGUCGUCGUGGACAUGUGCAAGUCUUCCCCCUGUCUGCACGGUACCUGCAUGUCGUUCCCCAUGGCUGUCGGUAUGUACUUCUGCAAAUGUGACGCUGGAUGGUCCGACAAAAACUGCGAUAAAGGCUUGACCACAACAUCUAACACGAUGAUCCCAAAAUCCACACCAACGACUUCACCAACAGCCACACAAUCGAAUUCGCGAACAACCACAUCAGCGAGUAUGUUAGCAACCUCACCAACCAGUUCGCCAAUAACCACACCGAGGAGUGAACUAACAACUUCACCAACGAAUUCGCUAACAGCCACACCUACGAGUGCUUCAACAACCAAACCAACGACUGCAACGCCACCCAAAACCAGACCUGAUAACGCUACGCCUACAAUCACUCCAAUGGUUAUGCCAAAGGCCACACCAACAAGUGCCCCAACAACACCACCAACGUCUAUUCCAGCAACAACACCAGUGAGUCAGCCCCCAACCACACCUGCGAGUGCGCCAACAACACCACCAACGUCUAUUCCAUCAGCAACACCAAUGAGUAAGCCAGCAACCACACAAACAAGUGUGCCAACACCACCGACGUUUAUUCCAGCAUCAACACCAAUGACUAACCCAGCAACAACACCUGCGAGUGCGCCAACAACACCACCAACGUCUAUUCCAGCAGCAACACCAAUGACUAAGCCAACAACCACACCAACGUCUAUUCCAUCAGCAACCACACCAACGUCUAUUCCAGCAGCAACACCAGUGAGUAAGCCAGCAACCACACCUGCGAGUGCGCCAACAACACCACCAACGUUUAUUCCAGCAUCAACACCAAUGAGUAAGAAGGCAAACACACACCAACGAGUGCGCCAACAACGCCACCAACAUCUAUCCACACCUGCGAGUGCGCCAACAACACCACCAACGACUAUUCCAGCAUCAACUCCAAUGAGUAAGCCAGCAACCACACCUGCGAGUGCGCCAACAACGCCACCAACGUCUAUUCCAGCAGCAACACCAAUGAGUAAGCCAGCAACCACACCUGCGAGUGCGCCAACAACACCACCAACGUCUAUUCCAGCAGCAACACCAGUGAGUAAGCCAGCAACCACACCUGGGAGUGCGCCAACAACACCACCAACGUCUAUUCCAGCAGUAACACCAGUGAGUAAGCCAGCAACCACACCUGGGAGUGCGCCAACAACACCACCAACGUCUAUUCCAGCAGCAACACCAAUGAGUAAGCCAGCAACCACACCAACGAGUGCGCCAACAACACCACCAACGUCUAUUCCAGCAGUAACACCAGUGAGUAAGCCAGCAACCAAACCUGGGAGUGCGCCAACAACACCACCGACGUCUAUUCCAGCAGCAACACCAAUGAGUAGGCCAGCAACCACACCUGCGAGUGCCCCAACAACACCACCGACGUCUUUUCCAGCAGCAACACCAAUGAGUAGGCCAGCAACCACACCUGCAAGUGCGCCAACAACACCACCGACGUCUAUUCAAGCAGCAACACCAAUGAGUAAGCCAGCAACCACACCUGCGAGUGCCCCAACAACACCACCAACGUCUAUCCCAGCAGCAACACCAGUGAGUAAGCCAGCAACCACACCAACGAGUGCGUCAACAACACCACCAACUUCUAUUCCAGCAGCAACACCAAUGAGUAAGCCAGCAACCACACCUGCGAGUGCGCCAACAACACCACCAACGACUAUCCCAGCAGCAACACCAAUGAGUAAGCCAGCGACCGCACCAACGAGUGCGUCAACAACACCACCAACGUCUAUUCAAGCACCAACACCAAUGAGUAAGCCAGCAACCACACCAACGAGUGGGUCAACAACACCACCAACGUCUAUUCCAGCAGCAACACCAAUGAGUAAGCCAGCAACCACACCUGCAAGUGCGCCAACAACACCACCAACGUCUAUCCCAGCAUCAACACCAAUGACUAACCCAGCAACCACACCUGCGAGUGCGCCAACAACACCACCAACGUCUAUUCCAGCAGCAACACCAAUGAGUAAGCCAGCAACCGCACCAACGAGUGCGUCAACAACACCAUCAACGUCUAUUCCAGCAGGAACACCAAUGAGUAAGCCAGCAACCACACCUGCGAGUGCGCCAACAACACCACCAACGUCUAUUCCAUCAGCAACACCAAUGAGUAAGCCAGCAACCACACCUGCGAGUGAGCCACCAACGCCACCAACGUCUAUCCCAGCAGCAACACCAAUGAGUAAGCCAGCAACCACACCUGCGAGUGCCCCAACAACGCCACCAACGUCUAUUCCAGCAGCAACACCAAUGAGUAAGCCAGCAACCACACCUGCGAGUGCGCCAACAACACCACCAACGUCUAUUCCAGCAGCAAUUCCAAUGAGUAAGCCAGCAACCACACCUGCGAGUGAGCCACCAACGCCACCAACGUCUAUCCCAGCAGCAACACCAAUGAGUAAGCCAGCAACCACACCUGCGAGUGCCCCAACAACGCCACCGACGUCUAUUCCAGCAGCAACACCAAUGAGUAAGCCAGCAACCACACCUGCGAGUGAGCCAACAACACCACCAACGUCUAUUCCAGCAGCAACACCAAUGAGUAAGCCAGCAACCACACCUGCGAGUGAGCCAACAACGCCACCAACGUCUAUCCCAGCAGGAACACCAAUGAGUAAGCCAGCAACCACACCUGCGAGUGCCCCAACAACGCCACCGACGUCUAUUCCAGCAGCAACACCAAUGAGUAAGCCAGCAACCACACCUGCGAGUGAGCCACCAACGCCACCAACGUCUAUCCCAGCAGCAACACCAAUGAGUAAGCCAGCAACCACACCUGCGAGUGAGCCAACAACAUCACCAACGUCUUCAUCUGCUACACCGUUGACUACAACUCCAUCAUCAACCACACCAAUACCCAAUGCGCCAGCGGCUUCUUUUUCGAUCACGACAUCGAAUACAGUUCAAGCUUCUGAAACAGGUGACUGUAUUCUGGAAGAUGUGGACAAAAUACUACAGUUACAUGGUGGAGUAGAUGCUGAUGCAACUUGUGUGUGUUUGGACCCGGCGACCAAGGAAGCUGUGACACUUGUGACACCCAGGGUCACGUCAAACAAAGGUUUUCUGAAGGCAGGAGGAAUGGGAUUUGGUGCCGGAAGUGCCGCCAUGUUGCUAAUGGCGCUAAGUUAUCGGAUCGUUAAGAAGCUGAAAGAGAGGAAGAGGAGAAGGACGGCGGAUUCGUCAAAAUCACUGUUUGUAUCCAACCCCAAUGUCGAUUCUUUCUGAGCAAGUAAAGAUGCACACAGGUGCGUAUUAGUUACGAUCAACGUAAAGGUAUAAAGGAUCUUACAUUCACUGAGAAAAACCCAACACAAAUUACAGUGUGUUUGGAUCACCUGGCACCAAAUUUUGGCCUAUGAGAUGAGAUGAAUCGUGAGAUUAUGAAAACAUUAAGCAGGCAAACAGCUGAUGUCUUUAAAAAAUCAUGUUUUGGGCUGAUUCAUCUAACAAUUAUAUUGACCAACGAUUUUCAAAGGGGCCAGAUCCACCGACCAUCACGAACAUUGACGUUAGAGAACGGAGACCCCCUUUACCAGGCACAAAGUGGGCAGAGUUGUUCCCACCUCACAAGUUGGAAACUUUACACCAAGCUCAUAGCUGGACUUUAAAAUUUGCCUGUCAACCACAUGAGGGGGGUAUUUAUCAGCGUUAUGAUCAAUAUUAAUUUAAGCUUGUAUUCUUUACAUUUGCCUGAGCAACCACAAGAGUGGGAUAUUUAUUAAUAAACAACACCUGGUGAUAAUAUGUGACAUUUGAUAAAGUAUGUUCAGAUCAAUUAUGAACUUUACUGACUAACAAUAAAAUCAUACUUUAGGUAUCGUACAAAACGAUCAGUCUAUUUCUCAUGCAUAUUUCCUAUCAACUUGUGUGACAGUUUCAGGAACCUACUAGUAUUUGUCGAAAGAGUGCAGUGUUUGUACUGAUUAGUUCUACGAAUGCAUGAUUUAUUUAAUUCUUGAUCGAUAUUUCUGUAACGUGUUAAUGUUUAAUAUCAUAACACAUUCAACCCUGCUUCAUAAUGUUUUAUAUAAUUAGGUAUACACUAAGGUAUUUUGUAACAAUAGACAUAUCUCAUUCCUCAUCAUAUUUCU